AUGGAGAUGCAGCAUUCUCCAUCAUCCCUAGAGAUUGGAAUGGUAUCUUCUUCCCAUGAGAAGCCAAAUCGCUCCCAGAGAAUCAGGAACAAGAGCUCACAGUUUGAAGAUCCAUUUUUAUCCGAGCAUGAGCCAAGGCUAAUUUACAUUAAUGAUCCUAACAGGACAAAUGAUCGAUAUGAAUUUACAGGGAAUGAGAUCAGGACAAGCAAGUAUACUUUUAUUACGUUCCUGCCUAAGAACCUCUUCAUACAGUUUCACCGGCUGGCAUAUGUAUACUUCCUGGUUAUAGCUGCUCUUAACCAGCUCCCUCCUUUAGCUGUAUUUGGAAGAACUGCUUCUCUUUUCCCACUACUCUUUGUGUUGUUUGUGACUGCUAUAAAAGAUGGAUAUGAAGACUGGCGGCGUCACAGAUCUGACAGAAAUGAAAAUAACCGAGAGGCACUCGUACUUCAACAUGGUGAUUUUCGGUCGAAAAAGUGGAAAAACAUUUGUGCAGGGGAGGUUGUCAAAAUUCAUGCCAACGAGACCAUGCCGUGUGACAUGGUUCUCCUGGGUACGAGCGAUCCAAAUGGUAUAGCUUAUAUCCAAACUAUGAAUUUAGAUGGUGAGUCAAACCUUAAAACAAGGUAUGCUCGCCAGGAAACUACUUCCAUGAUAUAUGACAAUGCAUAUUCAGGCUUGAUCAAAUGUGAACAGCCCAACAGAAAUAUCUACGAGUUUACAGCUACCAUGGAGUUGAACAGUCAGAGGGUUCCGCUUGGACAAUCGAACAUAGUAUUACGUGGAUGCCAACUUAAAAACACUGAAUGGAUUAUUGGGGUUGUUGUCUAUGCUGGUCAGGAGACAAAAGCUAUGUUGAAUAGCACGAUAUCUCCUUCAAAGAGCAGCAACCUAGAGAGUUAUAUGAACAGGGAAACACUUUGGUUGUCGGCUUUCCUCUUGAUCACAUGCUCAGUUGUGGCUACUGGGAUGGGGGUUUGGCUGUUUAAAAAUUCUAAAAACCUGGAUGCUCUGCCAUACUACAGAAGAAAGUACUUCACCUUUGGGCGUGAGAAUCGAAAAGAUUUCAAGUUUUAUGGCAUUGCUUUAGAGAUAUUUUUCUCCUUCCUCAGUUCUGUGAUAAUCUUUCAGAUAAUGAUACCGAUAUCUCUGUACAUCACAAUGGAGCUAGUCAGGGUGGGGCAAUCAUACUUCAUGAUUGGAGAUACACGGAUGUAUGACAGUAGUUCAGGUUCAAGAUUUCAGUGUCGAUCCUUGAAUAUCAAUGAGGACCUAGGACAAAUCCGAUACAUAUUUUCUGACAAAACAGGCACUUUGACACAAAACAAGAUGGAAUUUCAGCAAGCUAGCAUCUACGGGAAGAACUAUGGCAGUUCCUUGCAAUUUCUAGAUCUGAGCUCCAGAUCACUUACCCGCCAAUGCUUAAGUUUGUCUCAUUUUGCAGAGUCAUUGAGACAAAGUGGCAGGAAGCCUAAAGUCAAUGUUGAUGUGGCACUCAUGGCGCUUUUGAAUCAACUAUUGAUUGGGGACGAAAGACUUGCUGCUCAUGAUUUUUUUCUUACUCUGGCUGCCUGCAACACAGUAAUUCCAGUUAGCACAGAGAGUUCUCACGAUUUGACAAAUGAAGUGGAUGAUACAGGUGCAAUUGAUUACCAGGGUGAAUCACCUGAUGAGCAGGCUUUAGUAACUGCAGCCUCUGCUUACGGGUAUACCCUCGCGGAAAGAACAACUGGACACAUUGUUAUAGAUGUUCUAGGCGAGAGGUUAAGGUUGGAUGUUCUUGGUCUCCAUGAAUUCGAUAGUGUGAGAAAAAGAAUGUCUGUUGUUGUAAGGUUUCCGGACAACAACGUAAAGGUUCUUGUGAAAGGUGCUGACACAUCAAUGUUAAGCAUUUUGAAAGUAGAAAUUGGUGAUGGAGUUUAUGAUUCGCUGCAUGUUAAAAUUAGAGAAGCUACAGAAAAUCAUUUGUCAGCUUAUUCAUCAGAGGGUUUACGAACCUUGGUCAUCGGUUCAAAAAACCUGACAGAUGCAGAAUUCAGUGAAUGGCAGGAAAGGUACGAAGAAGCUAGUACCUCCAUGCAUGAGAGAUCAGCAAAGCUCCGUCAGGCAGCAGGUUUGGUAGAAUGCAAUCUGACCCUUCUUGGUGCAACUGCAAUUGAGGAUAAAUUGCAGGAUGGUGUUCCUGAGGCCAUUGAGUCUCUGAGACAGGCUGGAAUCAAGGUGUGGGUUCUAACAGGAGAUAAGCAAGAAACUGCUAUAUCGAUUGGUUUGUCAUGUCGACUCUUGACUCAAACCAUGCAUUCGAUCAUCAUAAAUGGUUCCUCAGAGGUUGAGUGCAGGCGUCUUCUAGCUGAGGCUAAAGCCAAAUUUGGAAUAAAGUCGGCUGAUUUUGGGCGGGAUUCGCAAGGUACAGAAGAUUUGUACCAUGGUGAUAUUUUUAAACUGAGGCCCUCAAACGGCCACCUGUCUGAAAGUGCAGUACAAAACUUUGAACUAACCGGAGUUAUUGCUGGUGACAAGUCAGAGUACAAUGAGAAAGUGACAAAUUUUGAUGGCACUGAGUUAGCACUGAUAAUUGAUGGAAGCUCCCUUGUGUAUAUUCUAGAGAAAGAUCUUGAAUCAGAGUUAUUUGACUUGGCAACUUCAUGUAAAGUUGUCAUCUGUUGCCGUGUUGCUCCUCUGCAAAAGGCUGGCAUUGUUGAUUUGAUUAAAAGCAGAACGAGUGACAUGACCCUGGCAAUUGGUGAUGGGGCAAAUGAUGUUUCAAUGAUACAGAUGGCAGACGUUGGUGUUGGCAUAUGCGGUCAAGAAGGUCGUCAGGCAGUGAUGGCUUCAGACUUUGCUAUGGGUCAAUUCCGCUUUCUGAAGAGAUUACUUCUUGUACAUGGGCACUGGAAUUAUCAGCGUAUCGCAUACAUGAUCCUGUACAACUUCUACCGGAAUGCUGUCUUCGUGCUAAUGCUUUUCUGGUAUAUCCUAUAUACGGCUUAUUCUGCAACUCUGGCAUUAACAGAUUGGAGCAGUGUUUUCUAUUCCCUUAUAUACACAUCAGUUCCAACGGUAGUAGUUGGCAUUCUCGACAAGAACUUAAGUCAUAAUACCCUUCUUUGUUACCCGAGACUAUAUGAGGCAGGGCUUCGAAAUGAGGGCUACAACUUGACACUCUUCUGGAUCACAAUGCUCGAUACAUUGUGGCAAAGCCUUGUCCUUUUCUACGUCCCUUUCUUCACAUACAAUAUCAGUACAAUGGACAUAUGGAGUAUGGGAAGUUUGUGGACAAUUGCUGUGGUUAUAAUUGUCAAUAUUCAUCUAGCCAUGGACAUUCAACGUUGGGUGCUUAUAACCCAUCUUGCUGUAUGGGGUUCUAUAGCUGCUACGUUUUUAUGCAUGGUGUUAAUUGACUCUAUACCCAUUUUCCCUAACUAUGGGACAAUUUACAACAUGGCUGCUUCAAGGACUUAUUGGCUUAGUGUUUGCCUUAUAAUAGUCCUUGGGUUGCUUCCUCGGUUCCUUUGUAAAGUAGUAUAUCAGACCUUUUGGCCAUCUGAUAUCCAAAUAGCAAGAGAAGCUGAGCUUUUUAAAAAGCUGCCCCAACAGUUGGGUUCAAGGCCUGCAAGUGACAUCAGCUAA